AUGCGCUUUCAGUCUUCUGCCUUGGCGGCUGUCGCCUUCCUUGUCCUUUCUGUUGAGGCAAGAUGGCAUUAUUCAUGCACUUGCCACAACGGCGGGAGCUACAUCUGGCGCAUCACGAGCAAUGCUUGCUCUUCCUACAAUUCCUACAUCUUCCAGACGUGGCCUGACAGUCAGAACUCUGUGAGAUACGACACUCCCAGCGGACGGUGCACCUCGGUCGGUCCUGGCGGUAACGUCAUCGACGGCGAUACGAUGGAGAGGAUGUGCAAGGAGACGGCCCAAAAUGGCUUUCCAUGUGCGAACAACAAUGCCCACACCUGUUUCGCGGAGCCCGACUCCGUGUCGUCGUGGUGCGACUAG